AUGAUGACAGAAUACAAUCCACAACAUGGUCAUCGUGAUUAUCAACAACAUGAUCAACGUGAGCAACAACACGAUCAUCGUGACCAACGACAAUAUGAUCAACCUGACCCACGUGAACAACAACAACAGCAACAACAGCCACGUCUGACUGGACUUGAACGUGGUCGCUCUAUUAAAUUAAUGAGAAAUGGAGAUUCAUUUUUUUCUGGACGUUCAUUUGUUAUUAAUCAACGGAAAUAUCCAAUGCUUGAAGUUUUCUUAGAUGAUGCAUCACAAGCAUUAAAGGCCAAUUUUGGUGCUGUUAGAUGUAUUUAUACACCUAGAAAUGGUACUCGAUUACAUGAUAUAUCUGAGUUAGAAGAUCAUCGAACUUAUGUUGCCGGUGGAGGUGAAAAAUUUAAAAGACUUCAGUAA